AGGGGCCAUCUAACUGCGGUGCCUUGGCCCAGAGCAGACGGUGCCGAGAUUCUGCUGGGGCCUAGGUACCUUGGAUUCUCCUGCUGUUUCCAAAAAAUAAGGGGGAAUCGGCUGCAUGAAGGCUCGGUAGUCACUGGGGAAACCAACCUCCUCCCUUUUCUCUCCUCCACACACAAAGGUCCUGCAUGUCUAACAUUUAGACAUGUUCAGCUUUGUGACUUCAAGGACUGUAGUGCUGCUCGCAGCCACCCAGGUCAUUUUACUAGCCGUUGUCAGAUGUCAGGAUGAGGAUAUCCAGGAGGCAGGCAGCUGUGUGCAGGAUGGGCAGAGGUAUAGUGAUAAGGAUGUGUGGAAACCCGAGCCCUGCCGGAUCUGUGUCUGUGACACUGGGACUAUCCUCUGCGACGAGAUAAUCUGCGAAGAAAUGAGAGACUGUCCCAGCCCCGAGAUCCCCUUCGGAGAAUGCUGCCCUAUCUGCCCAACUGACCAACCUGCUGUCAGCGGGCAACCUGGCCCCAAGGGACAAAAAGGGGAACCCGGUGAUAUUAAAGAUGUCGUAGGACCAAGAGGACCACCUGGACCACAGGGACCUGCAGGGGAACAAGGACCAAGGGGCGACCGUGGGGAUAAAGGAGAAAAAGGUGCUCCUGGCCCUCGGGGUAGAGAUGGCGAACCUGGUACCCCUGGAAACCCCGGGCCCCCAGGGCUCCCGGGUCCCCCAGGGCCCCCUGGGCUUGGCGGAAACUUUGCUGCUCAGAUGGCGGGAGGAUUCGAUGAGAAGGCUGGUGGCGCUCAGUUGGGUGUGAUGCAGGGACCUAUGGGACCUAUGGGACCGCGAGGACCUCCGGGACCAUCGGGAGCUCCUGGCCCUCAAGGAUUUCAAGGCAACCCUGGAGAGCCUGGGGAACCCGGAUCUUCUGGUCCAAUGGGUCCCCGAGGGCCUCCCGGACCCCCUGGAAAACCCGGUGAUGAUGGCGAAGCAGGCAAACCCGGCAAAUCUGGUGAACGCGGAUCCCCUGGCCCUCAGGGUGCGCGAGGCUUCCCAGGAACCCCAGGUCUCCCAGGAGUCAAAGGUCACAGAGGUUACCCUGGAUUAGACGGCUCCAAAGGAGAAGCAGGAGCUGCUGGUGCUAAGGGCGAAGCUGGAUCCCCGGGUGAGAAUGGUUCUCCUGGUCCCAUGGGGCCCCGUGGUCUCCCAGGCGAAAGAGGACGUCCCGGCUCAUCCGGUGCGGCUGGUGCUCGUGGCAACGAUGGUCUCCCUGGCCCAGCCGGUCCCCCUGGACCCGUCGGCCCCUCCGGAGCUCCUGGAUUCCCUGGUGGCCCAGGCUCUAAGGGGGAAGCUGGCCCCACUGGCGCUCGAGGCCCUGAGGGUGCCCAAGGCCCCAGAGGUGAAUCUGGCACUCCCGGCUCCCCCGGACCUUCAGGGGCACCCGGUAACCCUGGAACUGACGGCAUCCCUGGCGCUAAAGGAUCAGCUGGCGCUCCUGGAAUUGCUGGUGCCCCCGGCUUCCCUGGGCCACGUGGGCCUCCCGGGCCUCAAGGUGCAACUGGGCCUCUGGGUCCCAAAGGUCAGACGGGAGACCCUGGCAUUGCAGGCUUCAAAGGCGAACAAGGCCCCAAAGGUGAAUCUGGCCCCGCAGGGCCACAGGGAGCACCCGGCCCAGCUGGCGAAGAAGGCAAGAGAGGUGGCCGUGGUGAGCCCGGUGCUGCUGGGCCUGUCGGACCCCCUGGAGAGAGAGGCUCUCCUGGAAACCGCGGCUUCCCAGGUCAGGAUGGUCUCGCUGGGCCCAAGGGUGCCCCUGGCGAGCGUGGUCCCGCUGGCCUUGGGGGGCCUAAAGGAGCCACUGGUGAUCCUGGACGUCCCGGAGAACCCGGCCUGCCCGGCGCUAGGGGUCUCACUGGGCGCCCGGGUGAUGCUGGUCCUCAAGGCAAAGUCGGUCCGACUGGUGCCGCUGGUGAGGACGGUCGCCCGGGCCCACCGGGCCCCCAAGGUGCUCGCGGGCAGCCUGGCGUCAUGGGUUUCCCAGGGCCAAAAGGUGCUAACGGCGAGGCUGGUAAAGCUGGAGAGAAGGGAUUGCCCGGCGCCCCUGGUCUGAGAGGUCUUCCUGGCAAAGAUGGUGAGACAGGAGCUUCCGGCCCCCCUGGACCUGCCGGGCCUGCUGGCGAGAGGGGUGAACAGGGCUCGCCAGGUCCUUCUGGCUUCCAGGGACUCCCCGGCCCCCCAGGUCCUCCAGGCGAAGGUGGCAAGCCAGGAGAUCAGGGUGUCCCUGGCGAAGCUGGCACCCCAGGCCUCGUGGGUCCCCGAGGUGAACGUGGCUUCCCGGGUGAACGUGGCUCUCCAGGUUCACAAGGUCUGCAGGGCGCUCGAGGGCUCCCCGGAACUCCUGGUACCGACGGACCCAAGGGUGCGACUGGUCCAUCCGGCCCUACUGGUGCCCAAGGUCCCCCCGGUCUGCAGGGGAUGCCCGGUGAGAGGGGAGCAGCUGGUAUUUCCGGACCAAAGGGAGACAGGGGUGAUGUCGGUGAGAAAGGCCCAGAAGGAGCUCCCGGCAAGGACGGCGGAAGAGGUUUGACAGGUCCGAUCGGUCCCCCUGGCCCUUCUGGCCCCAACGGCGAGAAGGGUGAAUCGGGUCCCCCAGGCCCAUCUGGUGCUGCCGGCGCCCGCGGCGCCCCGGGUGAUCGUGGCGAGCCUGGAGCCCCUGGCCCUGCUGGAUUUGCUGGACCUCCCGGCGCUGAUGGCCAACCCGGCGCUAAAGGUGAACAAGGAGAAUCUGGCCAGAAGGGAGACGCUGGAGCCCCGGGUCCACAGGGUUCUUCCGGUGCGCCUGGCCCACAGGGUCCCACUGGUGUGACUGGUCCUAAGGGAGCUCGAGGUGCGCAGGGACCCCCUGGAGCCACCGGAUUCCCCGGCGCUGCAGGACGUGUCGGCCCUCCCGGCCCUAACGGUAACCCAGGCCCACCUGGCCCACCAGGUGCUUCUGGCAAAGAUGGUCCCAAGGGCGCUCGUGGUGAUGGGGGCCCACCAGGCCGUUCUGGUGACCCUGGUCUCCAAGGCCCCGCCGGUCCCCCUGGUGAGAAGGGCGAGUCCGGGGAAGAUGGCCCACCUGGUGCCGAUGGGCCACCUGGUCCUCAAGGUUUGGCAGGCCAGCGAGGUAUUGUCGGUCUUCCCGGCCAGCGUGGUGAGAGAGGUUUCCCGGGGCUGCCGGGUCCCUCCGGUGAGCCUGGCAAACAAGGAGCCCCUGGAGGUGCCGGCGACCGAGGGCCACCUGGUCCUGUGGGUCCCCCAGGUCUGACUGGUCCCUCUGGUGAACCUGGACGCGAGGGCACCCCCGGAUCGGAUGGCCCCCCUGGCAGAGAUGGGGCAGCUGGAGUGAAGGGUGAUCGUGGUGAGACUGGUGCUGUCGGUUCUCCUGGUGCUCCCGGCCCUCCUGGCUCCCCGGGUCCUGUUGGUCCAACUGGCAAACAGGGAGACAGAGGAGAAUCUGGCGCUCAAGGCCCCAUGGGUCCCUCCGGCCCCGCAGGCGCACGCGGCAUGCCGGGUCCUCAAGGUCCUCGCGGUGACAAGGGCGAAGCUGGAGAGGCUGGUGAGAGGGGUCUGAAGGGUCACCGAGGAUUCACUGGUUUGCAGGGUCUUCCUGGACCUCCCGGUACAUCUGGAGAUCAAGGUGCUACUGGUCCUUCUGGUCCUUCUGGUCCCAGGGGUCCCCCAGGCCCUGUUGGUCCCUCUGGCAAAGAUGGUUCAAAUGGCAUGCCCGGUCCGAUUGGUCCUCCAGGUCCUCGCGGUCGUAGUGGUGAAACCGGACCUGCUGGUCCCCCUGGAAACCCUGGACCUCCUGGACCUCCCGGGCCCCCAGGCCCCGGCAUUGACAUGUCAGCCUUCGCCGGUUUGGGCCAGGUUGAGAAAGGCCCUGACCCUAUGCGCUACAUGCGAGCUGACCAGGCCUCUAGCGACCUGCGCCAGCAUGAUGUCGAGGUCGACGCCACUCUGAAAUCCCUCAACAACCAGAUCGAAAGCAUCCGCAGCCCCGAGGGCUCCAAGAAGAACCCAGCCCGGACCUGCCGUGACCUUAAACUCUGCCACCCCGAGUGGAAGAGCGGUGACUACUGGAUCGACCCUAACCAGGGCUGUACCUUGGAUGCCAUUAAGGUUUUCUGUAACAUGGAGACUGGUGAGACAUGCGUCUAUCCCAACCCCUCCAGCAUUCCCAAGAAGAACUGGUGGACCAGCAAGACCAAGGAGAAGAAGCAUAUCUGGUUUGGAGAGACCAUCAAUGGUGGAUUCCACUUUAGCUAUGGAGAUGACAACCUGGCCCCUAACACUGCCAACAUCCAGAUGACCUUCCUGCGCCUCCUGUCCACCGAAGGCUCCCAGAACAUCACCUACCACUGCAAGAACAGCAUUGCCUACAUGGACGAGGCUUCCGGCAACCUGAAGAAAGCCAUCCUGAUACAGGGAUCCAAUGACGUCGAGAUCAGAGCCGAGGGCAACAGCAGAUUCACAUACAGUGCCUUGGUGGAUGGCUGCACGAAACACACUGGCAAAUGGGGCAAAACAGUCAUUGAAUACCGAUCACAGAAGACCUCGCGCCUGCCCAUCAUUGAUGUUGCACCUAUGGACAUUGGUGGAGCCGAUCAGGAGUUUGGCGUUGACAUUGGGCCAGUCUGCUUUUUGUAAAAAGAAAAAAAAAAAACAUUUUUUUAAAAAAUCCAGUCCAAUUCCAUUAAUAAAACCCAAAACAAACCAACCCCCCCACCCACCCCAAGGACCUGAGUACUUUCCAAUCACUUGUAUGACUUCUGCACUGAAUGGGUGACUCAAUCCCCCAAUUGCCAUACAUCCACACGCUUACAUUUUGGACUAUUGUCUAUUUCUAAAGCCAUCACUGGGCAGACCGUGAAAUAAAAUCACAGUGUUAUUUAUUUAUUGUCUUCCUGUAAGACCUCUUGUUGGGUCAGACGGAGGUGGGAAUCUAACUGGCAGGUGUGAAGGCCCCUCCUUACAAAAUGGAUGUCCUAAGUAACCAAUCCUUCUCCCCCCCAGUGUAAAUCAUCAGCAGGAGUACUGUGUAUAAUACAACAAAAAUGGUGCUAUUAUUGUAAAACAAGUCUGUAUUUUUUAACAUCAAUUGAUAUAAAAAAAAACUUUGUUGGAAAGUACAAGUUGAUCUGAGGUUUUAUUUUUUGUCUCUAUCCGUAGAAAGUUCCAGCAUUCUAACGCUUUCCCUUCAUCCCUGUCUCGGUUUGUUAACUUCCCCUCCCCCCAAACCAAGAUAAAGGAAGUUUCAGGGUCCAAUCUCAAACUUCCCUGGUUUUAAGCUACCUCAUACAAAAAAAAAAAAUAAAAAAAUAAAAAAAAAUUAAAAAGGAAAAAAAAAAAUCUUGAAACUGAUCACAGGAGCAGACAACACAGAAGCCGUGAGAUUUCUGUAAGGGAAAUCACUAAUUCUACAAGGUAAUGGUGCUGAGCAAGGGACUUCUGGGCACAUGCUCCCUCUCAUCUGUGGCAGGUUUAGUGGGAAUAUUUAAAGAAAGGCGGGGGAACCCAGUCAUGGCCCAGGGAGGCCAAAAGCAGCUCUCAAGUUUGAUCUGACAUGUUGCGUUACAUCUUCCUUAAGUCUUACACAUUUGGUAUUGCAGUAGACGUCAAGUGAAUGGGAUAUACAUGAAAACAUUUGCCGUAAUAAGGACUUGGGCGCUAGCUAGUUAAAGUUUCUUCUAACAUUUAUUUCCAAAACUAAGCAUGUGGAUUGACCCCCGAAACUGCUUGCUAAUUCUACCCCACCCCCUCUCUGAGAGUGCCUUGCUUUCAGAUGACCCUUUGGUGAUAUGAAGACUGGAACAAACCAACCAAGGAAUAUGUACUACUUUAUAUAUGUAAAAUAGACUUUUUUUUAAAAAAAUAUAUUUUACAAGACCCAUCUGAAGCGUGGUAGAGAGUUCACACACACCGCUUGUGAAACAACUCUGUUCUCCUGUCUUUCUCAGCCCAUCUCCCCACUCCACUCCCUUAUUUUUCCACACUAAAGAUAGAAUGCUUUUCCUAUUAAAAAAAAAAAUAAAGACACCGGUGUUGAAUUUGUUUUUAUUUGUAUUAAUUGCUGCCCGAUGCUGUAAUCUUUGUUAAAUAAUGUUUUAUCUGAUCUGGGAUCUUUCAUGACAAACCAAAACAACACAAAUAAAAAAUUUUAAUUAAAAAUA